AUGUAUACGCGGCUUACGAAAUUGUUUUUCAUCGGUCAUACGUUUUGUGGACGGGUGUCGUCUACUUUCUGCUUGCAACCGUCAAUGAUGAGACCGUUGCUUGAGCAGCAGCGACGCUUCACGUCUAUUAUUAGCCGCUUCAGCUCUGCGGUGACGUCGCAUAUGUCGUCAUUGGCGGACACGCAUUUCAUGCCACUCAGCGAGCAAUGCAUCACGGAGCCACGUCGCCCAUACCCGCGGCGGGUUUCCAUGCAGGAGAAUCUUGCGGAACGGCUCACGUUGCAGCGGAGUCUGCGGGCGCAUCUCGUGCCCUUGCAGGUUAUCGUAUCAAAAGAAAAACUUUACAUCGAGCUUGUCUGGCCCUCGGCCGCACUCCGUGCUGUGGAAAACCAAAAAGAAACAAUGGCACAUACAGUGAAGGGUGCCGCCGCAGAUGGGGAUGAUGAUGGUAAUGAUGCGGCUCUGCACCACACCAUGGAAUCGCCUGCAAGAACGGUAAGUAGUGAUUUACGUCAGAGGAGACCUCUUGAAGAACACCGCACGCGCUUUCUUGCAGAAUUUCUGCGGGCGUAUUCUCCGAGCACAGAUGUCAUUGGCUCUGACGUCCUUAUUUAUGGACGUCGUGGCAUCACCAUUACAGAUGUUAUUCCUGUUGGCAAUUAUGCCCUCCGUAUCGUUUUUUCAGAUGGUCACUCUGGUGGUAUCUAUCCCUACGAGUACCUCUUCCACCUAGGUUGCGAGAAGUAUUCACGCAUGCGAGAGUACAUCCGGCGUUUGAGAGCUAAGCACAAGUCCAGGGAUCCGCCUAAGCGUGCGCCUUCGCAGCGCCUCUCACGUAUUCGGAGCGCACAGAGGGCUGAGGGAAGACACAUGAGCAGUCACGGACAGGACGAUCAAUGA